AACUUUGACAUCUUUGAUCAUAUAACCACUACGUAUCUCUUUAAAUAUAUGAAACCAAUUUUGAUGAUGACUAUAGUCUUUCUACCACUAUACUACUUACAAAUAUAAAUACCCAUUAAAAUUGGAACUAAACCCAUCUUUCUGUAAUACAUAUCUCAACUUCCCCUUCGAGCUCAUUAAUUAUCAUCACAAUCCAAUAUUUAACCUUUUGUUUUUCUUCAAGAAAAUUAACAAGAAAGCUCUCAAAUGACAAAUUUGAUAUCAAGAUCAAGAAAAUUUAACCAUUUUUUUCUUAGUAAAAAAGUUUGUUUCUUAACACAUCUAAAUCAAAGAAAUUCAAAAACUUCAUCAUAUACAAGUGCUGCCGCCGGUGGUAUUAUUAAGCCGGCGGCGACUUUUUCCGGUGAGUUUCCCGCCAUUUUUCGACUGGAACGUUACCAGUCCAAUAAAGCUGGAGAGGCACAGUUCGAUACAAUAUACUAUGAAGAAGAUGGUCAUCACCAAAUUAAUAAUGAAAAUCAGGUGAUGGAUUUCCCUGGAGGAAAAGUUCCAAUAACUACUCAAAUGAAAUUUAUUGCAGAGUCAUCUGAAAAGAGGUUGCCUUGUUAUAGAGUUCUUGAUGAUGAUGGAUAUCCAAUUCCAGGCGCAAUCUUUGAGGAGGCGAGCAAAGAAUUGGCAGUAAAGAUGUAUAGUUCAAUGGUGACACUUCAAACUAUGGAUACCAUUUUUUAUGAAGCACAAAGGCAGGGGAGGUUGUCCUUUUAUCUCACAACUGCUGGAGAAGAAGCUAUCAAUAUAGCAUCUGCUGCUGCUCUCACCCUAGACGACUUCGUGUUGCCUCAGUACAGAGAAGUAGGGGUUAUAUUAUGGCGCGGCUACCCCCUGCAACAGGUUGCCAAUCAAUUGUUUGGAAACAAAUUUGAUUUUGGAAAAGGAAGGCAAAUGCCAUGCCAUCACGGUUCAAAUGAGCUCAAUUACUUAACUGUUUCUUCACCGAUAGCAACACAGAUACCUCAGGCUGCGGGCAUUGCUUAUUCUCUGAAAAUGGAUGGAAAGGAGGCUUGCGCCAUCACUUAUUUUGGAGAUGGUAGCACCAGUGAGGGAGACUUCCAUGCUGCUUUAAACUUUGCAGCAGUAUUGGAUGCUCCGGUUGUCUUUAUAUGCCGCAACAAUGGAUGGGCCAUUAGCACUCCUAUAAACCAACAAUUUCGAAGUGAUGGGAUCGCAUCUAAAGGACAAUCAUAUGGUAUUAGAAGCAUCCGUGUAGAUGGCAAUGAUGCCUUGGCAACUUAUAGUGCUAUUCGUGCAGCUCGUGAAAUGGCAAUUAAGGAACAAAAGCCAAUUUUAGUAGAGGCCAUGACUUAUAGAGUAGCUCACCAUUCAACUUCUGAUGAUUCAACCAAGUAUCGACCCGUGGAGGAAAUAGAACACUGGAAAACAGCAAAAAGCCCAAUAUCAAGAUUCAGAAAAUACCUUCAAAUAAAUGGCUGGUGGAGUGAUGAAAAUGAAUCCGAACUUCGUGGAGACAUCAGAAAACAGGUGUUGCAAGCAAUUCAAGCAGCCGAAAAAGUGCAGAAACCUUCAUUGACAGAUUUGUUUACAGAUGUUUAUGACAAAAUGCCAUCAAAUCUUCAAGAGCAAGUGAAAUUUGUUAAGGAUGCUGUAAAAAGAUCCCCAAAAGAAUAUCCUUCUGAUGUUCCUAUAUAGCCUAUAGGCUUAGUCUGUUACCACUAGGCUAAAUAUUCGCGUAAUAUGUAUAAUUAAUUCAUCUAGAACCGAGUAAACUGCAUUUUCCAAAUUCCAGGUGUCAUAAACUCAAAAUCCUAACUCCAUUUCUGGAUAGCUAGCUAGUAUGCAACUCUGAAACUGCCAGGGUUCAUUGAAGUUACAUAUAUAGCUGCAUUAUAAACAGAAGUUCUCGAACAAUUUCUCGACUUCAUCUCCUGUCUUAUAUGUUAAUGGUGUUUAUUCUCUUUC